AUGUUUUUAAGCCAUAUCUUUAAAGACAAUGAAUACGCAAUCCAAUGGCAUAAUAAUGGCAACACUUUUUAUGAUUCUUCUUCGUCAUAUCCUUGCACCGACUGGAUAGACGCUGGCACAGUAGUUUCCGACCUGCUCAUUGACUGGUUCCAAAUAAAAUAUAUGCAAAGUCGAAUUGCCAUUGCGAAAGCGACCACUACAGAAGAUGCCAAACUUUUCCAAAAACUUCGCAAAGUUCAAAAAGUAAGCGUCGUAAUACUUGCACAUAAGUGUGGUAUAGAAUCACAUAACCUUCCUGUGGCCCUUCAAGAUCCUACUAUCGCCACGAUUUUCUUACGUGAAUUAAAAAAGGAUAUGCCUGCGCUCGCCUUUCAAUGGAGCGACGCAGGCUUUAACGACGUCCCUCCUAUGCCAAACUGUCGAAACGAAAUUCCAGGCCAGACAAAAGUGGCUUUCAUUGUGAAUCUCGUGGCGAUUGGUGCUGUAAAUUGGAAUGAUACCGUUUUCUCACUUCAAAAUGGUCCGCCAUCAUACGGGGGUCUCUGA